AUGGACGCGGAGGACAAUAUAACUCGGCUGACGUUUGGACGCCACGAAUUUUUGACCAUCCAACCAGAAAUUGCGAUUCCGAUUUUGUUUAUACUUGGACUUGCAACAGUUGUAGGAACCUUAGGAAAUGGUCUGAUUCUGGUAUCCGUGGCAACGAGGAAGUCUCUGCACAACGUGGAAUCUAUCUUCAUCGUCAACCUCGCCUGCUCCGACCUGUACGUGACGGCGAUAGCGGACCCAAUGAGUAUCAUAGGUAAGCUGGAGAAAUUAUCAGACAGAUACGUCUUCAUCGUCCACCACAGUCACUACAAAUCCAUCUUCAACACCCGCAACUGCGUCAUCUACUGCGUGUUAUUUUAUUGUGUCGGUAUGAGCUUGGUCCUUCUCAACCUCGCCGACAUUGGCGACCAUUCCUUUGACCACAAGAGCCUUGAGUGUAUUUGGGAGCGCAUGGCGACAUACCCUUACACCGUCGUCUUCUCCGUUGUAAUGGUGUGGAUCCCGAUCAUUGUCACGGGGAUGUCCUAUCUGCGAAUGUACCGUCACGUGCGUGCUGUACGUUCACGGGUAGAGAAUGCACGUGCAACCCACCCAGGACCAACAGAAAAAGCAGCUGGUCUAAAACCAAGUUACAAACUGGCAAAGACACUCUUCAUCAUAUACCUCGUGUUUUCCGUGUGCUGGAUACCAUACGCGCUACUGAUCGUACUGGACUCACGUGACACGUUCCAGCACGAGCUGCACGUGUGUAUCGUGGUGUUCGCUCACCUCCACCCGUCCAUCAACUGGCUCGUAUAUUACGCCACUAACAGGAAGUUCCACAACGCAUUCAUUGACAUCCUUUGCCUCGACAAAUGUUUCUCUUUUCAACAGGCAAUGACGCUUCCGCAAUCUGCACAGGCGCCGCUAAACGUUAAAGAAAAAAGUGGCACUGCCCAAAUUACUUCUGAUAAUGUUUUGUCAUAG